UGACUCACAACAGCGUGUUGAUAUGAUAAUCUACGAAAACGACGACAGUCACGGUGUGUCAACAGCCUCAGUCACGACGUGUAAACCGAAAUCACUGGACAGCUGUGACGAAGACAGAGUUACCCCACCUGGUGAGAAACCCGCGGUGUGCCGGCAGGAUCAGGAUACGACCGCACGUCUAAUAACAAAGUGUUAUUAUUUCGCGCUCUACCACUGGAUGCAUGUAGUACGCUAACAGGUUCAGCUGCUCAGGUACGACGAUCAAUAGACUCUCAAUACAUUUCCGCUCUGACCUCCUAUCUACAACAGGGUGUAUAGAGUAGCAGGCAUGCCCGGGUGAUCACCGACCAACUCACCCGGUGGACAACACAUUCCUGGACUAUUUGGUUUUUUAAAAAUACGUCACGCAGUUGGUCGUCCGGUCACUGUCGUCUGCUUCUUAGUUUGAAUUGUGUCGUCUGCGUUCAAGGAAAUUCUCGCAGGUCGUAGUGCAUCAUGGGUAAGCUGGGUUUGGAUUGUGCGGGGAAGACGGCCAGAUUUCUACUAAUUCUCUUCAACACGAUAUUCGUUCUGUCAGGAAUAGCUGUCUUGGGUAGUGGAAUAUGGCUGCGUGUCGACCCCAACGUAGUACAGCUCCAGAGACUAGUGGAACUUAACACAGACACCAACUACUUAACAGCCGCAUCUUACGUGUUCAUCGGGUUUGGUGGUGCGGUCCUAUUGGUUGGUGUCUUCGGAUGUUGUGGUGGAAUCCUCAAGAACAAAUGGCUUUUAGGAGUGUACAUCGCGUUGCUAGUUCUGAUUUUCAUCGGUGAGAUAUCGGCAGGUAUCAUAGCAGCUAUUUUCAGAGCAGAGGUUAUGAGCACGGUGAAACGAGACCUGCUGUUUGAGUUGAAGAAGGAAUACCGACCGGGGAGGACGAAGUACACACAGCCCUGGGACUACACUCAAGUCUGGCUCGAGUGUUGUGGUGUCAAUAACUAUACAGAUUACAGACACGUGUUCCCAGCAAACGGCACGAGACAUGUUCCUGAUAGCUGCUGUGUCCUGACAAACCGAGACCCAGAUGAUCCUAUACCCAAGGAUCCUACAAAAUGUCAAGCAGAUGCUAUGAAUUCAGAACUGAUAGGAGUCGACAUUCAACCAUUUGGUUGUAUAGAUGCCAUCACCAACAAAAUCAAGGAAUACAACGGCAUAUUACUUGGGAUUGGAAUAGGCAUCGCCUUUAUACAGGUACUGGGGAUUGUUCUGGCUUGCUGUCUGUGCAGAAAGGUUGAUAAAUACGCUGUAUGAGCCUGGAAAUUCCUCUCCAUUGAUCAAGUCAUUAUUUUCUUUACGUAGUAGUUGUGAAUCUUCGAACUCAUGGACCCCACGAAAUGCCCGUUUACGCAAAACCACGAACAUAUAUAUACACGGAAAUGAAUAAUUUCAUAGUAUGAACUUGACUUCAGUGCAGCAGACGACAUGACCUACUAAUUCAUAACGUGAAUGAGUAAACUAAUAAUUACUGCAUCAUCACAGUAGCUGUAGGAUAUGGUGUGGGUGUGGUAGAAUGCUAAAACAAAAACAAAAACAAAAACAAAAAACAACACCUUUUACCUCCAAAUUGUUAAUUUCCUUGCCAGUCCCAGACCCCAUGCUUAGGUCUAUAAAACUUUAAGAGUCUAGACUUAAGAUUUUAAUACAGUCUGAGACUUUAACUUCAUAACAAUGUCGUUAUAUAAUUUGUAUGCGUGUUUUGAAAAUUUUAAAUUGAAGACUAGAUGUGCAGAAUUGCAAUUCCCUACAUUCUACAAGUAAAAUUCAUCAUGACACAUGCUGGUAAAUGCCAGUAAUACAUGUUUAAACUCCAUGAAUUCAGAACUACCCCCACACCCGCUCUGUAGUGCCUGUUGAUGACAUUGUACGUUAUUUGUAAACUGGUACGUUUUCUGUGUAUAUUACUAGUGAUUUGUGCCCCGUUUCACAAAGCGAUCUUAGCACUAAGAUCACCUUAAGUGCGUAACUAUCUAAUGCACUUAAAGUGAACUUGGUGCUAAUAUCGUUUCGUGGUACGGGGCCCAGGUAUAGUCUGUAUCGCUCCAGAAGCCAUAGGAAGCGAUGAUGACCCAUAUUUCGUCUGAUAUGUUUUUGAUUUUUUAAACAACAACAACAACAACAACAAAAUACAGGGCUCGCCAUGUCCAUUGCCAAAUUAGUCAAUUGCUAUUUUAUUACGAAAUGGCUACAACAUUUGGCUAUCUUAAAUUAACGACAUUUGAAUAAUUUUCACCGAAAUAUACUACUUAUCUGAAAUUGGCUAGACCAAAAUUCAUUCCAGUGUGAGCUUUGAAACUAAUUGUACUGUGUUGUUAACCCUGCUCGAAAUACCACAUCGCCAUACACUCGCAUCGAAACAUGAAUUUCUGCUUUCAAAAUGCCCCCAGAAUACAACAAAAAGCUACUAUUUUUAGACGUUAACUCACACUAUCCAGUGGUAGAUUCAAAAUAGUCCUUACCAAUAAUUUUGGUCUUCCUACGAGUUUAAAACGUCUGUCAAAAUAAUUAUUUCGUAAAAAAAAAAAUGAAAACUCGAAAAAUAGGUAUGACUGGACUCGUGAACUGGUUAUAAGAAAAUUGGUAUUUUUGUAACGGCACAAGAGUCUACACAAGACUUCAGUCUUUGACUGCAUCCUUGACUGCAUUCUCUGGGAUCCCAGCGAAUAAUUGCACGAGACGUUUCUGUAUAGAAUUCACCCAAACAAAUGUUCAGACAAGUGUUUGGAUCAGCUGAGAAGUCUGUUAUAUGUUACACAUGUAGUAUAGUUUAUAUUUAUGUUUUAUAUGCGAUUAAUGUGAAAUCCGCAAGCUGUUAAAAUUGUUAUAUGAUUAUUGAUAGUUGCUUACUGAACAAGUUGCUGAUAUUCAGUAUCAUGUAUUAUUUACAAAUUGCUCAAGUGCAUAGUAAUUGUUAGAGAUUUAAUAGACUGGUAAAAAUAAAAGUAAUAUUAAUAAAUGAAAUAUAUAACUGGAUUUGUGAAAGAUAUCAAAACAUAUGUAACAUCACCCAGAUAGAAUACGUUAUAUUAAAAUGUUUUUACUAUAGUCCUUCCCUCAUGGAAUGCCUUGUUUAUACUAUGGAAUUUACUACACGUUAUUUAGCUCUAAGCCGAUUGAUUUCUAAAUUACACAAGAAUAGUAUGUUUUUUGUUAUUUCCAAAACGCCUUGACCUUUCUUCUUACGUCAGACCAAACUCGAAUUAUGUACAAAAACCAAUUCUGUAGGAGGAUGGGACGGACUGUAGUAUGCUGUUGAUGUUGAAUCCAAUAUGUCUCUAACACGCAGCAUCCAUUAACUUUAAAAAUAGCUUCAGAUAUUUAAUAUCCCUGAUUAAUUCUUGAAAUAAACCCCGAACAACAAUACUUGCAACAAGAUGUUCCAGAAAAUUCUUCAUCAUCGUAUUUUUAAAACUGUGUUAACUGUGCUGUUUAAACAUGCGUAAUGAAAUAGUUAUUUGUCUUGACGAAUUCCAUUACUUUGUUAGCUUUAUCUGUGAUCUGUAAUGAAAUAUGUGUAUGACAUUUUAAAUAUGUAUUGAAUUAAAAUAUGUUUUGCA